GAAUGGCAGCCAUAUUUAAACUGGCCCAUAAUAACCGCAUUUUAUUUUGGUUUGUUUUAACUAUUUUCUUUCUAAAAUCUUUCAGAUGUGAACCACAAUUAAUAGSUUUUAGUCCUAGCGAUUCUGAAAGCAAAGUAAAAAAUGGAAUACUUCAAGUUACGRCGGGAAAAACCACUCUCAUCAGAGUGUUUGGAAGCGACUUGCAMCCCAACAUACAGAUAUCCUUCACCUCCAAAAUCCCGCCAAAUGGACAAGAUUGUGACGAUCACAGGGAGACACCGACCGUGCAAUUGGAAACCGAAAAGCUAGAAAGAACUUCAGCGAAAGCGAAAGUCAAACUUCCUAAGCCACAAGAAGGAGAGUUCUUUUAUGUGUGUUUGAGAGCUGACAGAAGCAGCUCGUGGACAUUCCAGGGCAAUAGCACAGAUUUGAAGAUUUCUUCAGUACCUGAGAAGAUAGAAGAAGACCCUUUACCACUAUGGCUAAAACUUUUGUUUAUCGUAGUACUUAUGAUGCUUUCAGGGCUUUUCUCAGGAUUAAACCUUGGCUUAAUGGCUUUAGACCCCACUGAAUUGAAAAUUGUGACAAAUUGUGGCACACGAAGUGAACAAAAUUACGCCAAGAAGAUUGAGCCAAUCAGAAAGCGUGGAAACUAUYUGCUCUGYACUUUAUURCUGGGUAAUGUUUUAGUGAACACUUCUUUUACUGUUUUACUUGAUGGAAUCAUAGGAAGCGGAGUGAUAUCGGUUGUUGGGGCGACUCUUGGCAUUGUUAUAUUUGGUGAAAUAGUCCCUCAAAGUAUCUGCUCUAGGCAUGGCUUAGCAGUUGGUGCAAAAACUAUUUGGAUAACUAAAAUGUUCAUGGUAUUAACAUUUCCUCUUUCGUUCCCAAUAAGUAGAAUAUUGGAUUGUGUUCUUGGAAAAGAACUUGGAACGAUUUAUAAUAAAAGAGAACUAAUUGAAAUGCUAAAGGUCACUGAUGAAUACAAUGACCUAGAGGGGGAUGAGAUGAAUAUCAUUACAGGAGCACUGAAUUAUGGGACAAAAACAGUUGAAGAAGUUAUGACAAAAUUGAAAGAUGCAUUUCUUAUCCCAGUUGAUGCAAUACUUGAUUUUAAGACAAUGGCAAUGAUAAUGAACUCUGGUCACAGUCGUAUUCCUGUAUAUGAAGAUGAAAGGUUUAAUAUCAUUGGUUUGUUGUUUGUCAAAGACUUAGCAUUUGUAGAUCCUGAUGAUUGUACACCAUUGAAAACUGUCUUAAAGUUUUACAACCAUCCCGUUCAGCGCGUAUUUUAUGAUACACAUCUUGAUAAGUUGCUGGAAAAGUUCAAGGAGGAGCAUUCCCACCUUGCAAUUGUCCAGCGAGUGAAUGAUGAAGGAGAGGGGGAUCCUUUCUAUGAGGGGGUUGGUAUUGUGACGCUUGAGGAUGUCAUCGAGGAAAUCAUUCAGUCGGAGAUUGUUGAUGAAACAGAUGUAUAUUUGGAUAACAAAUCAGGCAAAGUUGUUGGAAAAAAGCAAGACUUUGCAUAUUUCACUGAAACUCAAGAAAAACGUCCUAAAAUUUCACCUCAUCUGGCUCUGGCUGUUUAUCAGUAUCUGUCAACAGCUAUUGAUGCAUUCAAUGAAGACACGAUCUCAAAAAAUGUCCUCAAGAAACUCAUUAGCCAUGAUAUUGUAGUUGAGAUAAAGCUUCAAGAACUUGACGACCGUGAUGAAACCUACCUCUACUCUAGAGGUGUGCCUGCAGAUUACUUUGUACUUAUCUUGGAAGGAAAAGUUGAGGUGAAGGUUGGAAAAGAGGAGUUUGUCUUUGAAGAAAGUCAGUUCAGCAGCUAUGGAGCGCCAGCUUUAGUAUCCAACCCACUCUCCAACAGCACUUCUGGUAUUCCAACCACAACUCCUAAAGGAAGUGUUGUUUACAUUCCAGAUUACUCUGUUCGUGUUCUGAGUGACUUGAGAUACCUAAAAAUUACUAGGUCAAUGUAUCGAAUGGCUAUCAAGGGUACUAUGGUUGAAAGAGAGAAGGGCAGUGGUGUCAUUAGUGAGCUAUUCUACUCAAUGAAGGUGGAGGAAGAUAAAAGUAAUUUUAAAAUUGAUAGUUAAUAUUUGAAUUUUACAAUUGAGAUUAUAUUAUAAAUCAAUAGUUCUAAAUCUUGUCACUGGAAAGUUAGUGCAAUAUUUCUAAAUACAGUUGAGUUGAAGUUGACAUUACAAAACAAUAUACAUUUGAUGAUAGUAGAGUCCAGGUGUCAGACCUAAGAUCAAUCAUGUUUUUUAAUGGUCAAAUGCAAACAUUURUUAUAAAAGUUAUUAUUCAUUGUUCUUUGAAUAAAAUAGAUUGUAUGAUUUUGCCUUGUGGUCUUGAUCAUUAGUAAAAGUUUGAUUUUAGCAGACUUGUAAAUAGUUCUUGAUUUUAGCUUUCRGAUUUUUUUUAUACUUAUAAAUUUGUGUUUAUCUCAGAAAAAAAUGAAAAAUGAUAGACCUUUUUAUGCUGGUAAUGCCACUGUCAUAAAUUCAUUGCUUUUUGAGUAGGCUUAUUGAUUAUGAUUAUUAAGGGUUUUCAUUGAAUUGUUUUGGAAAUCAGUGAAAUUAUCCAAGCAAGUAAUUACUUGGGGUAUUGUAAAGAAAUCCACUUUGCUUAUUGGGCAUUUCAUUCAGACAAGCAUUAAAAAGGUCUGUGAUAAAUUAUGAUAACUUCAAAUUAUUCAAAUGCAUAAAAAUGUUCAUGUUACUGGUUCAGUGUGUAAUAAAAAGAUUGAUUGCAGCUUAAACUUGUACUUCUUUAAAUUUUAAAUAAAUAAAUGGUGAAUUAACUUGGA